CGAUUACGUCGAAUGAUUCCCAGAGAACAGCGAUUCAUCGCCGACUCGCAGAUUCUUUCCGAGUUCAUCCCUUCCAAACACUUCAAGUAUCGGCCGAAUUGUUACGGACAAGAUACAACAUCAAUGGCAGAAUGCAAGAGGAGCGAAAUUGGACAAAAAGCGUACUGGGAAUUUAUCAAAGCGCUUGAAAAAGUAGAUCAAGUGGAGAAGGGCUGGAAUGAAGUUGCUUUGGAGAGUUGCGAGGACGAACCUCUGGUCUCGAGAUAUGUCGAAAGACUGAGGGAGCGAGCAGAAAGAUCUGCUGAUAACGUCAUACUGAAAGGGCUCGAUCGUCCAGCCAUUCGAUUUGGAACAUUCAAAUACUUGACAAGCAAACGAGAAGAGCAUUUUGACUCCUCAGCUACCGUCAUGUCCUGCGCCACUCUUGCGUUGUACGCGUACAACAUCUGGAGUCAAUACACCGGAAUUUUGAGGAUCACCGAUGACAACAUGAUAAAGAAUAGGUGGAUUGACAUCAAUCUGCUGGACUUGCUAUGGUUGUACUUUUGCUGGAAGGAAUGCUUCUUGCUAUCUGUACCGGUCUCUCUAGUGAUAAUUGGAGUCCUCCUUGCUUUCGUUACAGCAGCAUUGUCUCCUGCCGUGAUAAUAGCAAAACAUAUGUAUAAGAAUGUAAAUUGGAACACAAUCUUGCUCUCGCAUGUUAUUCCAGCGAUCCAGGAUAUACUGUAUCUGACAGCUUUUUCUGUUUUGAACCUGUCUACCUCCUGGAGAAUGAUAGUAAUUGCCGUCCAGAUUUUCCAGAAGUCAGUAAAUCCAAGUUUGAAGGAUUUUAGUGUGGUGUUGACCACCAUCUCAAAUUUGAUAUUCGACAUGGUUAUUGUGAUGCUCCUGGAACAGCAAGACAAACCAUCGGCGAGCGGGCAAUUGCCAUCUAUCCUCAUCAGUAUGGGGAGAUUGCUGAUCGUCUUGAAUUCCCAACACAUGGUUUUAGAUGAUAUUUGUGACGUGCUUAGAGAUAUCAACGAGAAUCGCCUAAACAAGUUUGAAUUGGCUUUGAGCCUCGUUAAGCUGCAAGAACGUCUCCUCGAUGAUGAUAUUCAGUAUGCCGAAAAACAUUUAUCGCAAGCGAUUCAGUGAUAGCAAACAUUCAGAUACAACUUCGUGGAACACUUUUACACAGGAACCAAUGUGCCUUUCAUUCCUGAUACUGAUAAUGUAGAUAGAAACAGACUAGAAGUGAAGUCAGAAUAGAAACAGGGUGGAGUAAAUACAUUCUUGUGGUCGUU